AUGAGCAGUCAAAAGGAGAUAUUAAAAGAGUUCGACCCGUUAAGUACGAAUAACAAAGAUAACAUACAACUUGCGGGAUAUGACUCCAAAGGAGCCCCCGAUACCAUAGAAACAGUAAAUCACCUUCCAUUCCAAACCAAGGAAGUACAAGAUGGUGAGGAAGAAGAAGAACCAUUUUUUGAUUUUCAAUUGUUUGUUAAGGAAUUACAGGACAAUCGUUCCGAGCCUUUGGUCAAGUAUAUUAAGUCAUUUUUGCAUAACUUUGUCACACAAAAAUCCUCAUGGACAGCAGAUGAACAAACUAAGCUGGUUGCUGAUUUUAGGACAUUUAUUUAUGGAAAGCUAGCUUUAUUCGAACCAUUCAAGUCAAUGGAUGGUGCGAAAUUGCACAAUGCACAAGAAGGUUUAGAAAAAUUAAUAAUGGGUAAGCUAUAUACAAGGUGUUUUUCACCUUAUUUAUUGAAGAGGUUAGGUUCCAUUGAAAAUUUGGAUGAUGGACAUAGAAAGGAUAUAGAAGAUGAUUACAAAUUAAAGCAAAAAAUUGAUGAGUUCAGGUUUAUCGAACCAGACUAUUUAGACAUUUCUAUUGGAAAUGAGAACAAGUUGAUGAAAUUCGUUAAGUUAUCUGGCUCUGAGUUGAACAAGAUUAAUAAUUUCAAAGCCCCUCGUGAUAAAGUGGUUUGCUUGUUAAAUUCAUGUAAAGUAAUUUUUGGAUAUCUGAAACAUUAUGAUACUGAUAAAGAAAAUGGUGCGGAUAGUUUUAUACCCUUAUUAAUCUAUACACUUCUGAAAGGUUCAAUUGCUUCUUUAAUUUCGAAUAUAAGGUACAUUGAAAGAUUUAGAUUAGAGGCAUUUAUUAGAGGCGAAGAAGAAUAUUAUAUCAGUAGUAUCGAGGCUGCAAUUGGGUUCAUCAUUAAUUUAGAUGUGAGGAAAUUAAGUAUAAAGAAUUACCAAGCAUAUAACAAAAUGUAUCAUGAGAAUAAGGUAAAAUUGACUGAAGAGGAACACGAACUGAAAAGGGGACGUAUAAAAUCGGAAAAUGAUCAAACUAGUGGCACUCCUAACGGUAAUGCUGCUAUGGAUUUGAAGAAACAUCCAUUUGAUGAAGUAACAAAUUCAAUGUUUUCAAUGAUCAAUGACUUUUUCGCAGCACCUGAGCAAUCUAACCAGCCAACCACUUUAGUCGAUACUAGGACGAAAACAUCUGCUCAAGUCACAAAUGCUACCAACAACUCAACAACACCAGUUGAUACUGAAGAUAUUAGUCAUCUAGUUCAAAGAAUGGAGGAAAAUGAAAAUCAAGAAACUUUGGAUACUUUACAGAGCAUGUUCCCUGGUAUGGAUAAAGAGCUCAUAGAAGAUGUCUGCAUUGCCAAAAAGUAUAGAAUUGGUCCAUGCGUAGAUAUUCUGCUAACGUUAUCAGAUUAA